CCCGUGUUCCCGGCCCGGUGCAGGCGGGCGGUGGCGGAGGAUGCUGCGGGGCCCGGAGCCGGGAGGAAGGUCCUGACCCGGCCCUCUGACUGCGCCUCGAGGUGUUCCGAGAGGCCCUUCCUCGGCCCCAAAGCCGACAGCGGGUCAAGGCUUCGCGAGCAGGCGAGAGCAGCAGACGCCGCCCAUCCCCGGACCCAGCACCAUGUCGUCCGCCAGGUUUGAUUCUGCAGACCGCUCUGCCUGGUACAUGGGGCCAGUGUCUCGCCAGGAGGCGCAGACCCGUCUCCAGGGCCAGCGCCAUGGCAUGUUCCUAGUCCGGGACUCCUCUACCUGCCCCGGGGACUAUGUACUGUCCGUGUCCGAGAACUCGCGUGUCUCGCACUACAUCAUCAACUCCCUGCCCAACCGCCGCUUUAAGAUCGGGGACCAGGAGUUUGAUCAUUUGCCGGCCUUGCUGGAGUUCUACAAGAUCCACUACCUGGAUACUACCACCUUAAUCGAACCAGCGCCCAGGUACGCGAGCUCCUGCCCUUCUCAGGCUCGGAACCUGACCCGAUGCGGAGGGUCGGUCAGAGAUUGAAUUCUGAGGGUGGGGGAAAUGGAGCUGCUUUCCCUCAUUCUAAACCAGAAGACAUUCGGGUUGGGAGGCCAGUGUCAGGAUCUGGGUCACUGGAUGAAAGGAUGUAUUUUAUUUAGACACUUAGCGGUGAUUGUAUAGUUCAGAUGCACCCACCGACACACAUACACAGUUUUGUCACUCCAGCUGACUAUAAUACUAAUGACUAUAAUAAUAAUAUAAUUAAUGACAUUAAAAAAUUUCCUUGAGAUUCUGAAGAUGGCCAUGGCUCUCCCUCGAAAAUGCACGUGAAGUUUGUACACCAUUUGAGUUUUUUGGAGCCUCAACAGCUAACUGCAGGUUAAGAACUGGUCUGCCGCCUUUGGAAAAAAAUCGUUAAAACGAGUCGAAAACGUAGAAAUUUCAGAAUCCAAUGCCGAAUUUGAAGUAACCCUCCUCCCCUUUUUUUAAAAACUAGAAUUACAGAGGAAAGAGAGUGAGAUUAUAUUUGAGGAAAUUUGGAUUAUCAGUCUCCCUCUCCUAGGGUGGGAAGUAUAUUUACCUUAAUUCUACUUUAAUUCAGUUUUAGAUUUUUUUUUUUUGGUAAUUUAGUGGUUUAGCAUAUACUUUAAAGAAACCGAAGUGGAGCUGGAUGAGAGAGCUGCACACCCCCCUAGGGAAGAGAGGACCUUGAAUUCCAAGCCAAACUGGGCUAUAGCAAGACCCUGUCUU